AUGCCGCCAACCAAUCCAUGGGGGAAAAAACCACCACAACGCAUUGCACCUUUGUCUGGGUUCCCAGACCUCAAGCACAGUAAAUCGAAUGAUGUUGCCCCAAAAGUGCAACUGCCAAAGUCACAGUAUGAGGAAAUACAGGAAGAUGAACUUAUUGCUCUGGAGGCAAUUUACGGCGAAGACUUCCGAAAGAUAGAAUCUAAUCAUGGAGCUUGGAAGAAAGCGGAACCCUGUUUCGAAAUUCGGAUCAAAUCGUCCGACGAAGAUGUUGCUAUUACCUUGAAUGUGACUCUGACCGCUACAUAUCCCAAGAGCCCCCCGUUACUGAAUAUCAAAAAUGAUGAUGGGCUACGUGAAGGGACGAAAUUCAAGAUACAGAAGGUCAUCGAGACCAAACCCAGAGAGUUGGUUACAGAAGAGCAGGCUAUGGUCAUGGAAUUAGUCACCGCAUGCCAGGAGAUUUUGGAAGAUGCCGCUCAGGCGAAAGCUGCCGGCAAGGAACUUCCGAGUUUGGAAGAAGAGCGUGCUGCUCAUGAGUCCGCAGCUAAUAAAUUAGCAAUUGAACAAAAGGAGGCCGAGGAGAGGAAGAAGCAAUUGGAAUCAAUGGAAGAGCAGCGCAUCCAAGAAUCUAUGGUCCAAGAGGAACUUAAGCGCCGAAGGGAAAGAGCCAAAGAAUCGAAAAGGAAGAGCCGACCACCCACUGAGAUUGUUCACCAGUCGUCGAUUGACACGAGCGUCAGUGGUCAAGCCCCUCAUGAAAUUCUAUCUUUUGAACAGCCAAUUAGCUUAUUGGAUGUCAACAAUAAUAUGAUCUUAUUUCAAGUUGUGGCAAGCAAAGUAUGCAUACGACGAGGCCCUGUAUCGAAAUGCUUUACUGUUCGCCCAGUCGUGGUACAAGGUGCCAGCGAUGUCCCAACACUGGUCUUGAAGCAAACCGAUUUGGACACCGAAAUCAAAGACUCGAACAAGUUCAAAGGACAGCUCCAACUGCUUGAGAAUGAACUGAAGACCCUCAAGAGUAUCAAGCAUCAGAACGUCCUCGAAAUCUUUGAUUACAAAGUCCACAGGACCAUUGAGGAGGAUGGAGAGUCUGAUUCAGCGUGGUCAGUAAGCAUUUUGACCGAAUUCGCCGAGAAAGGGUCUCUACAAGAAUUUCUUGAUAUUGCCGGAAGCUUAGGGGCUGAGAAGGUUCGGUCGUGGACUAUUGAGCUGCUUGAUGCAUUGCGUUUCCUUCAUGAAAAGGGCAUUGUUCAUGAAGAUGUACAUGCCGGCAAUGUGCUCCUGGUCCGUACGUCUAACGGUGAGGUAAUACCUAAGCUUGCAGAUGCAGGCUAUCAGAGGAAGCUACACAACCUCAGCGGUGGAAAGCAAGUGGACACCCUUUCUAUGGCCAAGUCUGCGUAUUGGUUCCCGCCUGAAAUAGCAAAUACCAAUCACCCUCAGUAUACCCAAAAGAUAGAUAUUUGGGACUUUGGUGUUUUAUUUCUACAGAUGAUUUUCGGCCUGACCGUCAUCCAGAAAUACUCCUCUCCCAUUGCGUUGGCAGAUUCUCUUGCCUUGUCCGAUUCUCUGAAUGAACUCGUACUCAAAAUGUUCAAGGCAGAUCCCAAGAAGCGACCCCGCGCAGUUGAACUUGGACCUUCUGAAUUUCUAGCGACCGAUGCACCGAUUCUGGACGAGAUGAGCAGCUCCGAAAAUCCCUCAAGGUUCGGGUCGAUAUCUUCGCUACUCCCUACGACUCCACGCCGUCAGAGACACGAUUCUAUGAAUACCGGUGGACCAUUCGCAAAAUCCAGAUACAGAGAAGACUUUGUAGAGGAAGGCCGUCUAGGCAAAGGAGGUUUCGGUGAAGUGGUCAAAGCAAGAAAGAGGCUUGACGGUCAAAUUUACGCUAUCAAAAAGAUCACACAGAAAUCUUCAGCAUCUUUGACUGAAGUACUGAAAGAAGUGCGUCUUCUGUCUCAGUUGAGCCAUCCCUCAGUAGUCCGAUAUUACAACACCUGGACCGAGGAGUUGUAUGACGGUUCCGAACUGGACGAGGAUGCUUCGACAACUGACGUUGCAACAACCGAGGAUUCUGUUAGUGACGUCUCACCAGGCACUGGUCCCAACAUCGAAUUUGGAGUCAGCACUGGAGGACUCGAUUUUAUGUCCUCAAGCGGCUACCCACAAAUCGAAUUUGGGUGUGACGAUGCGUCAGAUGAAGAGGACGAUGAAGACGAUGACGAUGACGAUGACGAUGAUGAUUCAACAAACCCAGAUGUACAAAGUCCUAAUGGUGUGGGAAACAAGCGUCCUAAUUUAGCUUUGAAGCGAACCAGAUCUGGAUCGAGGUUCCAGCGUCCCUUCAGAACUGUUCUGUACAUCUCGAUGGAGUACUGCGAGAAAAAGACGCUUCGGGAUCUGAUCAAGCAAGGUUUGCAAAAAGACCAUGAAGAAAUCUGGCGACUUUUCAGACAGAUUCUGGAAGGCUUGGCACACAUCCAUGGACUCAACGUUGUCCAUCGCGACCUGAAGCCCGAAAACAUCUUCAUCGAUGCUGCGUCAAACGUGAAAAUUGGAGACUUUGGACUGGCUACGAGUGGCCAAUACACGAUUUCCGAUAAAUCUUCAUCCGCUGCGGCUCAUAUGAGUGGAGAUAUGACGAGGAGCAUCGGAACAGCAUUUUAUGUUGCCCCAGAAGUCAGGUCAUCUGUUGGUGGAACAUACACCAGCAAGGUAGACAUGUACUCGCUUGGCAUCAUAUUCUUCGAGAUGUGCUUUCGACCUCUCAUUCCUGGUAUGGAUCGUCAACGGGUGGGUGAAGGGUUGAGACAAAAGCAACCGGUUCUCCCAUCUGAUUUCAAGCCGUCUGAGAUGCCAGCACAAGCAGAUAUUGUACUGUCUCUCCUGCAUCACAGCCCCAAAGAUCGGCCGUCCAGCUCAGAGCUCCUGAAGAGCGGCAAACUCCCAAUGCAGAUGGAGAACGAAACUAUCCGUCAAGCCUUGGCUGGCCUCACAGACUCCAAAUCGCCGUACUACGAUAAGAUGAUGCAAGCUUUGUUUUCGAUACCAACAAAUCAAGCCAAAGACUACGCCUGGGAAAUGGGUGUGGUAAAUCACAGUUCGAGCGAUCUUCUGCUGCAAGGUCUUGUGAAGCAAAAGUUGAUAUCGAUUUUCAGACAUCACGGAGCGGUAGAAACUCCUAGAACUGUCUUGCUUCCUCGUUCAGGUCAUUACGGAACCAACGCAGUUCAACUCCUUGACGAAAGGGGUACACUGCUACAACUGCCAUACGAUCUCACCCUUCCGCAUGCACGAGCUAUUGCUAAGCACGAUCCGCCUGUUGAACGCUCUUUUGCAUUUGGUCGGGUCUUCCGAGAUCGAGAAUCUGGCGGGCAACCACUUACAUUCGGUGAAGUAGACUUCGAUAUUGUGUCCAACGACACCCUGGACUUGGCACUCAAGGAAGCUGAGGUUAUCAAAGUCCUAGAUGAGAUUGUUGGAAGCUUUCCUUCACUUGCAGCAACGCAAAUGUGCUUUCACUUGAAUCACUCAGAUCUCCUAGGCCUCAUAUUUGACUUCUGCAGGAUUGACCCUAGCAUUCGUCAGGCUGUUGCAGAUACCCUUAGCAAGCUCAAUGUUGGCUCGUGGAGCUGGCAGAAGAUACGAACGGAGCUUCGAUCACCCCUGAUUGGCGUUUCAGCACCCAGUCUUGAUGACUUGCAACGCUUUGACUUUCGUGACACUCCCAACAAAGCAUUCUCAAAACUGAAAACCCUUUUCGAAAGUACUGACAGUUUCGAGAGAGCGUCUUCUUCUAUUGCUCAUCUACGAGAUGUUAUCGAGUACACUAAGCGAUUCGAGGUUCGCAGUAAGAUCUACAUCAACCCUCUUGGGAGUUUGAACGAGAAGUUCUGCAAAGGAGGCGUGAUAUUCUCUUGUCUGUUCGACCGCAAGAUCCGAGACGUGUUUGCCGCUGGUGGACGAUAUGAUAGCUUGGUCAGAGAACAUCGGCAUAAAACUGGGAGCAACUCAGAAGCAAGGCAUGCUGUUGGGUUCAACUUAGCUUGGGAGAAAAUGGCUCGUCUUCCAAAGGCAAGCGCGAAGGGCUUCCUGAAGAAGGCAGAGGAGGAUGUACAUGGGAUUUGGAAUACGAAAAGAUGCGAUGUUCUAGUUGCGAGUCACGACGCUGCAAUAUUACGAAGUGUCGGUAUUGAUAUCGUUCAAACCCUAUGGCGGAACGACAUCAGCGCUGAAUUAGCUCGAGACUCCCGGUCCCCAGAAGACUUACUUUCCAAAUAUCGCGACGAUCAGCACUCCUGGAUUGUCAUCAUCAAGCAAGACUCAAUUCUAAAGGUCAAAAGCCAAGAUAGAAAAGAUGUCUCAGAUGCAGACAUCCCUUCUACUCAGCUCCUAGCCUGGCUCAACGGCGAGAUCCGCGAACGAGAUCAAAGAAACGGCACACACCAUCGAGUAAGACUACAGCGCCACAGUAGCCAUGCCGAUGCAUCCCCCGAUCAUGAACAAGUUGUCCAAGUUCUAGUGGCAGGAACGAAAAGCAAGAAAUCCAAUCGCCGUAACAUUAUCGAGCAAGCUCAAGCACGAGCUGGCUCAGUUGUCCAUGAGUUCCUCGACGGGCCAAUCGCUGCUAUCGAGACUACCGAUCAAGUCAUGGAUUUAAUACGAGGAACCAGGCUUUCUGAUCCAGAAAGCUGGAGACAGGUUACGCAUGCUGUUCAAACUGCGGAGAGGAGAUAUCUUGGUGAAGUGCAUGAUCUGAUGACUACACUGGCACACCAGAAUAAGGACAUCACGAGAAACUCGUUCAUCUACAACUUCAGAACGGGAAAGUGCAUCUACUACGAUCUGGGUGCCUGA